AUUCUUCUUUUUUGUUGAUAUCAGUAACAUGGCGAACCGAUCAAUUCGUGAUGGAGAUAACCCCGAAUUGCUGGAAGAACGGAGGAUGGCAACUUUUGAUACGGAUAAGAUGGCAGCGGUGAUCUAUGGAAGUGAAGAGUUCGCUCGUCGCCGUCGUGAGAUCACCGACGCCGUGUCCAAGAUCCCUGAGCUCGCCGACAUCAAGCCCUAUCCAUUUUUGACUCGAGAGGAGAAGGUGACCGAGGGCACCAGAAAAAUAUCGAUUUUGACAAAAUAUCUGAAUCAGCUGAUUGAUAGAGAUAAUGAAGAAGAAAGUUUGCACCUGCAUCGAGAAGUGAUUGGCUACGAGGGUCAUCCCUUCGCUCUCCAUGACGCUUUGUUUAUUCCAACCCUUCAGUCACAGGCUAGUGAUGAACAGCAGGAGAAAUGGCUCGAGAGAGCUCGGCGACGAGAGAUCAUUGGAUGUUAUGCGCAAACUGAGCUCGGUCACGGCUCAAAUCUUAGGAAUCUUGAAACAACUGCAGUCUAUGACAUUGCUUCCCAGGAGUUUGUACUACAUACUCCUACGACAACGGCGUUGAAGUGGUGGCCUGGAGCACUUGGGAAGAGCUGUAACUAUGCAUUGGUUGUAGCUGAACUGAUUAUAAAGAGAAAUAACUAUGGCCCCCACUUUUUUAUGGUGCAGCUGAGAGAUGAAAAAACCCAUAUUCCACUAAAAGGCGUUACCGUAGGAGAUAUCGGGCCUAAAAUGAACUUCAAUGCGGCGGAUAAUGGGUACCUUGGGUUGAACAACUUGAGAGUUCCACGAACAAAUCUUUUGAUGAGACAUUGCAAAGUAGAGGCGGAUGGGACGUAUGUGAAGCCACCGCAUGCAAAGAUCGGGUACUCUGGAAUGGUGAAGAUCAGAAGUCAGAUGGCUAUGGAGCAGGGGUUGUUUUUAGCACAUGCAUUGACAAUUGCAGCGAGGUAUUCGGCAGUGAGGAGGCAAGGACAUUUGGAUGAUAAGCAAGUCGAAGUAAAAGUCCUUGACUACCAGACCCAGCAGCAUCGUCUAUUCCCAUCAUUAGCCCGUGCGUAUGCAUUUAUAUUCACUGGAUUUGAGACAAUUCACUUAUAUUCUCAAUUAUUAAAAGAUGUUGAUAUGGGUAAUACAUCUGGAAUGGCUGAUUUACAUGCAUUGACUUCUGGUUUAAAAUCAGUUGUUGCUCAUGAAACUGGAGAAGGUAUUGAACAGGCGAGGAUGGCUUGUGGUGGACAUGGAUACUCUAUGGCUAGUUAUAUAUCUGUCGUAUAUGGGAUUGCUAUUGGCGGAUGCACUUAUGAAGGGGAGAACAUGGUGAUGCUCCUGCAACUUGCACGGUAUUUAGUGAAAUCCGUGGAACUUAUCAAGGCCGGUAAAGCUAAGAAAUUAGGACCAGUGGCAUCAUAUCUAGCAGACAAGAGUGAUGAAACUGAUCUAACCAGCCUGAAUGGAUAUGUAAAGAUGUUCGAGAACAUGGCUAGAAGGCAGGCUUGGAAAGCAACAGAGAAAUUCUUGAAAUUGAUGGAAAGUGGGGAAUCAAGAGAAGUGGCAUGGAAUAAAUCAGCAGUGGAGUUGACUAGAGCUAGCCGUCUACACACCCGUCUAUUCAUAAUCGAAGCUUUUAUGAGAAGAGUGUCUCGAAUUGAAGAUAUUCCAGUGAAAGAGGUUCUAACAGAUCUUCUCCAUCUUCAUGUCAACUAUGAACUAUUGGAUGUUGCCACGUAUGCACUGGAAUUCAUGUCAUUCACUCAGUUGGAUUAUGUUAGAGAUCAACUAUAUUUGUAUCUGGAGAAGAUUCGACCAAAUGCAGUAUCUCUAGUUGACUCUUUUCAGAUUAGUGAUAUGCAAUUGAGAUCUGUCCUUGGCCGCCGGGAUGGUCACGUCUACGAGAAUCUCUUCAAAUGGGCAAAGUCAAGUCCCUUGAACAACGCAGAUGUUCUACCGUCAGUCGAGAAGUACUUAAAGCCUAUGAUGGAAAAGGCGAAGCUUUAACUUUUUAAUUUUUCUUAUAUUACUUUUAAAAAAUAAAUACGUCAACAGACUAAAGAGA